AGAAAGAAGGUACUACCUUCAGAGAAAUCAGCGGCAAUGGCUACCAGAGCACGGCUGGGAUCCAGCAGGCGUGCUGUAAGUCAGAAAGCAGCAGUUGGUGCAGAAAAGAAAAUGGCUGCUACUGCAAAAAAGGUGAGCGGCAAAGGGAAAGUUUUGCCAAAGAUGAAGAAGAAGAAGGAGGAGGAGGAGGAACAGGUAUCCAUGGAGUAUGAGGAAGAGGAAGGAAGGCUGGAUGAAGCCCCUGAGUCCAGUUCAUCUGGGUUUUUGGUGUCUGAGCCCCCUGAGCAACUUGUUGCGGGACCACAACUCACUGCUUCAGGAACUUCAGCAAUGGCCGGUGAAUCCCAGUUAACCUGUGUCCCUGAGAGCACCCCCCUUGGAGUGAGCGGGUCCCCCAUAGCUAUGGAGGGGGGAAGCCCUGUGGCCAGCGCAGACUGGAGCCCCUGGUCUGGUAUGUGCAUCAGUCAGGGAGCAGAAGGGAGCGGUGUUGGGCUGGGGGAAGCUACAGGCAGCUGUAUAAUCAUGCAAGCAGCUGCUGCUAUGGAUAGUGACCCCCAGCUGAGGGAGAAAACAGGUACAAGUUGCACUACUGUAAUGGAGGCCGGCCAUGUGCUUGGGAAGCAAGGCGCCAUUUUGGAAACAGAAACAAGCCAGAGUACAGUGAAGGGGAAGCUCCGCCUACCCAGUGAAACUUGCAGGAAAUCCAGUAAAGAUGGUGAAUGGACACUACCUGGGACCAGCCAGACUGAGGAACAGAGAUCCCCCCCACAACUGGCACCGACUGCUACUGCACCAGCGGCUGGGAAUGAACUGAGCAUGGACUAUGGCUCCCUGGCAGAGACUGUGGCUUUACAGGGGCUGGAGCAGGACUGUACAGGUCCAGUUCCGUGCAGACAUUCUCAUUGUUUGAGAUAGUCCCAGAGAGCCCACUGCUGGAUGGGAUUGCAGUGAACAGGAGCAAUGUAAGAGAGGUUGGCACCAAAGAGCCCUGUAUAAAUGACUCAGGGACUGUUCCUGUACAGGACAAGGGAGCCCCAGUGUUGGAGGUGUCGGACCGGAUGUACUGCUCAUUCUGCCAGAGCUCAUUUGACAGCAGAGAGGAACAGAAGGAACAUUACACCCUGGACUGGCACCGCUUUAACCUGAAGCGCAGAAUUAAGGGGGCCAUUGCCCUAAGUGAAGAGGAUUUCCAGGAAAAGACACGGGCAGGGGAUAUUUCCAGCAUCUCCGGCUCAGAUUCUGAAAGUUCUGAUGAUGAGGAUGGUUUGGAGGACUCUCUAGAGCCUAAUAGGGAUUCUGUGCCUUUAUCCGGUCAGCCCAGUCGCUCGCAGAGAAUUCUCUUCCGGAACAAAGAGGGGCAGCUCCUUUCUGUGCUGCGUUGUGUCCUGGGGGAAUCCAAGGACAUGGAAGUUAAACCAGAGCAGCUGCUGAACUGUGUAGAGAGCUUACGGGAGCAGCCGGUCAUAGUGAUCCUGAUGGCUGGCGGAGGGCACUUUGCUGGGGCCGUCUAUAAAGGGAAGGAGGUGCUGAAGCACAAGACAUUCCAUCGUUACACUGUGAGGGCCAAGAGAGGGACUUCCCAAGCCGUGCACGACUCUCACAACCGAGGACACAUGCCCAAAUCCGCAGGCGCAGCUCUUCGAAGAUAUAACCAGGCCGCUCUUGUCGCAGAUAUCGGGCAGUUGCUGCAGAGCUGGGCGGAGCAUAUACAAGAGGCGAGGGGGAUCUACCUUAGGGCUCCACGCUCUGACAGAACCCUCUUCCUGGGCCGCAAUUCUCCCAUCUUGCGGAAAGAUCCGAGAGUGCAUGGCAUUCCCAUAGCCACCCGGAGGGCCACCUUCAAGGAGGUGCAGCGGGUCCAUAUGCGACUGUUCUCGCUCCAGGUGUAUGAAAAAGACACAGAAGCAUCGCUGCUGAUGGGAACAAGGGUUAAUAAACCAGUGAAGCCCAAGAAAACUGCACAGGCAGAGGCACCUGGAGAACAUGCUGAAGCCCCUGAUAUAUCUGAAGAAGAAGAGGAAGGGGUGGAAGAACUUAUGGCAGAAGAGCUGACGCUUAGUACUUUGGACCUUCGAGAGUUUGAUGUUCAGCCAAAAAGAAAGAGGAAAAAGAAGAAGAAAAAGAAUGGGAAGGAAACGCAAACAGGACUCAACAAUGAUGCGGCAAUAUCUGACCAUGAACCCUUACACGAAGACCCUCAAGAAGGGGAUGAAGAUCAAGCAGACGAGGAACACAAAAAAGCAGAAGGAGAUGAGCUGUGCAGAGCACGCAAUGCCUUGUUUACCUGCUGUAAAACAGGGGACUUGGAGACUGCUAAACAGAUCCUGCAGAACCUCCUGAACUGUGUCCAGCAACCACCUUCAGUGGGAUCAGAGCACGAGCUGGUAAAUGAGCGUCUGCCCAUAGGAGAGCGCACCCUGCUGCACGUAGCUGCCUCUGCGGGACAUGGAGACGUGGCUUGUCUAUUAAUGGAUGCUGGCUGGGAUCCGGGACUCCGGGACUCAGCCGGACAGACGCCAUACUCUGUGUCGGCCGAUAAACGAACAAGGAACCGAUUCCGCCAGUAUCGGGAGGAAAAACCCGAGAGAUUUAACUACAGCAAAUCCCAGAUUCCAGGACCUGUAUCUGAGGAGGUGGAGGCCCGGAGAGCUGAAAAGAAGCGAGUGCAGAAAGCUCAGAGGAGACAAAAGGAGAAGCAGGAAAAGGAGGAGAAGCUACGAAGGGAGGAAGAGGAAGCAGAGAAGAGGAGAUUUGCAGCUCUAAGUGAUCGUGAGAAGAGAGCAAUCGCUGCCGAGAAGAGACUCGCUGCCCAACUUACCCACACAAACGGAGUGCAGAGCAAUAUCAGGCGCUGCUGGCAGUGCGGGGAGUCCCUUUUAGGAAAAGUUCCAUUUGAAUAUCUGGAAUUUUCCUUUUGCGCCACUCGAUGCCUCCAGGAGCACCGCAGGAACUGUGCCGCCAAAUCCUAGGCGGGAAAUAGUGCAUUGUGGGUAAUACGUGGUCGGAGGCCAGAAACAAGUGGAGGCCACUUCCGCCGGAGCUAUUCCGGAAUGGAGAAUCCAAUAUGGUGCUAUGCUUCUCUAGCAACUGACUUGUGAUGCAUUGACGACCUAUGUACCGGUAUGAAGCUGAAAUUGGUCAGAACCAUUAUCUGCAGCGAUAGGGUCCACCCGACCCAACAGGAACAAGGGCACACCCCACUCCAGCCUUGCUGAAGCACAUUCACUAUACAAUGCCCCAUUCUUCCUAGAAUUACAAUGGUGUUGGCUUUUGGCCAUAAACGAAGAUCCGUAAAAUAAUUAGCAAAUUAAUUUAAAUCUUUUAAAAAUUCUCCUUUGCACAAGAUCCCCCAUAUCAUUCAUAUGUAUCUCUUUUACCAAAUCAUGACUAUAUUUUAUAUGAAAAUCACUCAUUGAGAAUCUGUGCGGGAGAGUUGCAGUUCUGCAUGCAAUUAACUGCUCCCGAUGUAGGAUACUGAUAAGCCGGUAGCUAGCUUGCCUUCUAUCAAAGAUACAACUCUGAUCUGCCACCAGUGGAGAAAGGCAUGACUAGUGAUUUCCUAGGCUCACCGCUCACUUUACUACAGUUACUGUUUGCUCGGAGACAAACCAUUGGUCAGAUGUCAAGGGACCAUAAAGCCUCAAACCUUCUACUGUGUUACUUACAUGCAAUAAAUGAUAAUGUGCCAAGAAAUGGGACUACUGGACUCUGAUUGGCCAGCAGGCCCGGACUGGCAAUCUGUGGGUUCAGGCAAAUGCCAGAGGGGCUGCUGUAAGGUGCCAUAGGCAGUCACUAUAGGGCUGGGGGGGGGGAGGGGUUGCUGUUUGGGCCUCCGUGUACCUGUGUACUUGGAAGGCCAGGACCCAUUUUGACCUGUUGGCCAUUACAGAAUUGAUAGUGGUUUCCAUUAGGAGGGCUCUCAGCCCACUACAAUGACUUUACAUUAUCUAUUUAAUAAAUCCAGUGCAUUUCAAUCUA